UUUACAUAAAUGGAAUGCUUCCUAAUAUAAUGGUUAUACAUUUUUGAUUUACAUUAUAAAAAAAUUAUUGGUUACAUGAGAAGGAAUAUUCAUGCUAAAUCGAUGGUUGAAUGCUGGUAUAUUUUUGUUAAGUGGCUUGGCAUAUUUCGAUAUCACAAGUGCGGUCACGCUGCGCAGCAUAAACAAUGUUUAUUAAACAUUUUCCGCGUUUUUUUAUCAACUAACUAUCUAGCUCUCGUGCUUGGUAAUUUGCUACCAAAAGCGUCAUAAAUGAGCAAAAUACAGCGCAUAAGUGUUUUUCAAAAGGUUUAUUUUGUAAUUAGGUGAUAAGACACCCGCGGUUAGUUGUGCCACCUCACAACGCACAUGGAGAAUUCUACGGCGUCGCCGUCGAAGACAACGACAACGCCAAAGAAACGUAAGCAUAGUGAAUACCAUGAUCCGGAUUAUGGUUUUGGCUACCAUAGCCAAAAUGUCGAUACCUCAAAGGAGAAACGCGUUAAGCUAGAGCAAAUCUACAACUCGGAUGACGAAUGUUGUGGUCAGCAGCAGGAUGUAGCAAUCGAUAACUCACCGCGGAGAAAAGAGAAUGCGGCACAGCUGAAACGUAUUGAGGAUAUUGUGCGAGCUGAAUUCCAGAAGGAGUUGAACCUCAAGGAACAGCAGUUGAGCGAGAUUGACAGUCGAUUGCUGCAGGCGCGGCAGCUACUGGACAAGUUACGCUACCAAGUGGUCAGCGAGUACUAUAAGAAGCAGCAGGUGUCGCUGUCAGCUGCCGAUGUCGCUAGAAUACGCUCGAGUGACACAUUGUUCGGCGAUGGUGCCGAACACAAUGGUGCGCAACUAGCAUUGCAUCCGGCCAUCAAGAAGAUAGUGGGCAAACGUCCUGCUCCCAUUCAAUUGCAUCUGCCGGAGCGAACAGCCGCCACUUUGGCCAAACAGACAAUUCGGUUAAGAAAUCCAGCGCACCGACGGGCAGAACGUCGUCGGCAGAUGAAAAUACGAGAAAAAGGUAUUGUAACGGACCAUUCACAGGAUAAGGUGAAGAAUACGAAUGAAGUUAGCUGUGAUGAGCAACCUUGCACCAGCAAGCAAGCAUACAAGCGUCAACAGGAGCAACUACUGGGAAGGGAACUUGACUCCAGCUCUGUGUCGGCCCUGAAUGCCUCGCGCUUAAAUAACAAGAAUAAAUUCCACUUUGUGAUAGGCAAUACUUCGAAGUACAUCGGUGGUUCAGACUAUGAACCGCAAGGCAGUCAGGGAUUGGCGUACAAGUGGCUGGUCUAUGUCCAGGCCAAGAAUUUGCCUCAGCCAAUGGAGACGUAUCUUAAAAAAGUACGCUUUCAACUGCAUCAUUCGUAUCGACCCAACGACAUUGUGGACGUGCACUCUCCGCCCUUUCAGCUUUCACGUCGGGGCUGGGGAGAGUUUCCCAUGCGCAUUCAGCUCUACUUCCAGGAACAUUUGCAACAGAAGCCCGUUCAACUAAUGCAUACGAUUGUGCUGGACAAAACAAUGUGUGGAUUGCACACAAUGGGCGGGGAGACCACUGUUGAGGUUUGGCUUCGUGCUGAUGCGAUUGCUCCACCUGAAACAUCUACGACAACAGCACCCGUAACAAUCAAGCGAGAGCCACUUACAGCGCCACCUACGUCUGCUUCUGCACCUGCUUUGCAUUUGAUGGCGGAUAGCUCGAAGCCGCGAACGAUAUCAAUAACUCAAAAUAAGGAGGAACUCGAUGACAAUUUAUUUGCGUGCAUCAAUAAGAUCGAAUUAAGCGACGACAUUGAGCAAAUUGAGCCCACUGUUCUUGUAUCGGAGCCAUUGAAGCUUAGCAGCCCUAAAAAAGCACAACCCACACCCGUUACGCCCAUCAAAAUGCAUACCCGCCUCAAUUCCAUGGAUACAACCUUCACUAUGCGUUCGCCAGCAGCCAGUCUGAAUGCUCACAUGUCCUUUAACGGAAAUACUUAUAGAAAUUCGCAUGAGCUGCAUAAUGGACACAAUAAGGGCCAAGUAAAGAACGUAGUGUUCCAGAAGGCUGGCAAACUCUACAUCAUUGAUCCCCUGCAGUCAAAACUAAAGCAAGCAGCCAAACAGCAAUCGCUGCUGAAGCCACAGCUUAGCUUGCUUAAACAGCCGCAGCCGCAGCCAGCGCAGCAGUUGUCGAAGCGGUGGCACAUUCUACAGUGUAUGCAACAUGAUCAUGGCUAUGCCAACAUGAGUAGUGACGAGGCACUGUCAAUGCCAGUUGUGCCACAAAGCCAACGCCUACGCUUGGAGCAGGUGUUUAAUGGCAUUCAAUUCCAGAGUAUGCGCACUGCCGUUGAAUUUCUGCUGCGUCGAUUGCCAUUGACUGGUCUUUCAAGUAGCGAAUAUGUAUUUGGCACUCAGACAAUGUCAGCGUUUUUGGUUCAACCUGCGUUGCGUCAACGUUUCUACGAGAUUAUGCGCGGUCGCCUUUUGUCUCGUUGCAUGCGUCAUCACCAGCGUUUGCAGCAUCUGCAUUCAACAGGCAAGGAAUACUUUUGGAGCGUACGUGAGAUUGUUGCCUUUGCGCGUCUCCAUGGCUACACGCCGCCCCUGAAAAUGCUUUGUGUUACCCGGGAUAAAACAACAUCGGCGCUAACUCCUUUAUCAGAGCGGUUCCAGCAGCAACUGAAGGAGGAGCCGCAUCGACAGUUUCAAACCUUUUGCACUCUUAGCACAAGAACCCGCCUAGACAAUUGGCUAACUGGAAACGCAAAACGCUUGCAAUGCCGUGUUGAGCAAGUCGAGGAAAUGCACUUAGUCGACGUGCUUGGAUUGGAUGCAUCUACAUCGCGAAUACCCAGACCACCAAGCAUUCCUCAUAAUAAUCCAAAUAACCAUCAGAUGCUAUAUUUACCGCCACCGUCGAAACUUGAAGCUGCAACACAGCUUGUGCGCGACAUGUGUAAAGAUGUUGGCAUUGUCCUCGAUACGGAGCAGUGUGUACCGGGUGUUUCGCAGUCGUUAGCUCUCACAUUGCUAGCCCAUGUGUUACAAAUGUUUAUCGAAAAACUAGUGCGCCGUGCAGCGAGUAAUAAGCUGCAGUUGCAGCAGCAGCAGUCACAUGCAAUAGAGACGCUGCCUCCCGCCGCAUCCAACGUGGAGUUAGCCUUAUCGCCCUAUGAUAUAGGGCGAGUCAUCGCGAAAAGCGAUGAGCUCGACUUUCUUGGUAAUUGUAAUCUUGGUGUGGCCAGCAGGGAUAAUCAGUCCUAGUCAUCGCGAUAGAUGCCAUGUGUUUUGUUGUUACUCGUUUACCUAUCGUGUAGUUUCAAAUUCUCGGGGAUAUUAUAGUUGUUGAUUUAUAAGCUAUUACUAGUUACAAUAAGAAUGUAUUGAGUACAUAUUUAAUUCAAGAUUUAAAUUAUAUUUUUUACGCCACACUUUCAAUAAAAUAUAUUUAUAAAAAAAGAGGAAAACUCGAAUUUUGCCAUGGGUUGAUGA